UAAACGUCUAAACUCUUAACAAAAGUGGCAAAGCAUGAAAGCAGUGAAUGCUCAAACUCAAUAUUCAAUACUGAAUAGUGAAUAGCGCCGUUUGCAACUUUGCAUUCUGCGUCUCUGUCUUCCUCAUCCAUCAAAGGCAUCGAUUCAAUCUUCUGAAAGCUUCAACAAUCUACGUGAUCUUCAAUUCAAUCUACCUGAUCUUCCAGCACUUUGCCGGGUGAACUUGCUAGAGAUCUCAGAUGGUUGUCCGAAGUAAACACCCUUCUAUCAAUGAAGAUGAUUCAGUUGAUGAUGAGGAGUUUGAUACUUUUGAUAAUGAAUCUGAGUCAGAACAGGAAUCUGAGUCAGAUGAAGAAGGAGAUGACAUAAAGUUAACUGAACCUUCAAAGACUGCCAUUAACAAUAAGGAAGGUCUUCUUGAUAAGUUCAGUGAGAUUAGUUGGCCUGAUAAAGUUGAUUGGAUGCAUACUCUUUCAAUAGUCGUUAAUCAAGAACAAGAAGUGGAUGUAAAUGAUGAUCUUGCACGCGAGGCGUCUUUUUACACACAAGCAUUACAAGGAACCAGGGAAGCCUUUGCAAAGCUUGAAUCAAAAGGGCUCCCUUAUCUAAGGCCUUUUGAUUAUUAUGCUGAGAUGGUGAAGACAGAUUCUCAUAUGGAAAAAGUGAAAGGGAAGUUAUUGACUGAGAAAAAGCAAAGAGAAGAACAAGAGGAGAGAAGGAAGGCUAGAGAGGCAAAGAGAAUUUCUAAACAGGUUCAGGCAGAAAAACAGAAAGAGCGAGCUAAGGAGAAAAAGCAGCAGAUAGAAUCUGUUAAGAAGUGGAGAAAACAGAGGCAAAGAAGCGGAUUUGCAAAUGAUCAGGAUGAAAUGAAGUUGUCGUUUGAAGAUGGUAAGCCACUAGGAGGGAAACGUAAAGGACCUCCUGGUGUGGCUCCUGGAGAUAGAUCUGGUGGGAAGGCAAGACAGUUUAGUGGCAAGGGCAAGAAGGGCAUGGAUAAAAAGAGGAAGGGCCGUGAUUUCAAAGAUUCCAAAUUCGGGUUUGGAGGCAGGAAAGCCGGGAAGAAACAGAACACUGCAGAUACAACGAACGAUAUUAGAGGAUUCAAUAACAAGUCUCGCUCUGGUAAUAAGAAAAGAAAGAUGUCCUAGUUCUUUAUUCCGUUGGUUAAAAGAUAAUGUUUUACGGUUGGCUUUAUGUGAUCCUUAGGCUGUUUCUUUUUGUAAUAUUACUUGAAUCUGAUUACCCCAUUUUUGAGAUGUUUAUCAUAUUAUGGUAUUUAAAGGGGAACUCAAUGGUAUUUGUCUAUGGAAGUAAUAGACAGGUGAUGUUUGUCAUUGCAUUAUGCAUGCGUUAUAUGGUGUUGCA